AAAAGCGAAGUGAAGACGCGCAACGUGACAGCCACAGCCUACAUUCUCGGAACACUAGAGAAGGAAGAAUUCGGUUCUGGUUGUCUACUACCUCAGCCAGAGUACGGCGAUCAUCAGGAGUUUCGAAUAAUUAAAAAUGCCACUUCACACACACAUAGUGAAAAUAACGCAACCGUGUGUACCAUAGUCACCUGGACUGUCGAUGACGCCAGUGCGCGAAGUCUUCUCGGAUACGUUCUCGAAAUAACCCAAUCGACUGCCAACACUUGUCGCCUUAUUUGGAUUCCUUGUGUGGACUGUUUUCCACACCAUAGUUUGGUAAGACUUGCACCUCUUUCCUCUCCCUCCCAACCCCUCCUCCCUCUCUACCUACCCACCUCCCUCCAUCCAUCCUUCCUUCCUUCCAUCCCUCCUGCUGCUACCGUUUGCCGAUGGUCACCGCAAAUGCCACAAGGUGGCAUGAUGUCCACCAUCUUUCAGCGUCAGUCACCACACCAUUAG